AUGAGGACAUGGCGUGUCAACGAGUUCAGCUGUGGAGCUGGAACCACUCAGUGUAUCCCUGUGUUCUGGAAAUGUGACGGAGAGAAGGACUCACAACAGAACAGACUUCACAGGUCGACACAUCACUGUGGCCUGGUUGUUCUUCUUCUCCUCCUCUCUCCUCCUCCUGCUGCAGGUAACAUCACGUGUGCUCCUCAUGAGUUCACGUGCUCGAGCGGUCGCUGCAUCUCUCGUAACUUUGUGUGUAACGGUGAGGACGACUGUGGAGACGCGUCAGACGAGGUGGACUGUUCUCCGUCCUCCUGUGGUCCCAGUCAGUUCCGCUGUGGAAACUCCACCUCGGGUAUUCCUGUCAGCUGGGUCUGUGACGACGACGUCGACUGUCAGGACCAGUCAGACGAGUCUCCGUCUCGCUGUGGUCGUCCCCCGACUCCUCCCACCAAGUGUUCGUCCACUGAGAUGCAGUGUCGCUCUGGAGAAUGUAUCCACAGGAAGUGGAGAUGUGACGGCGAUCCCGACUGUAGAGACGGCAGUGACGAGACCAACUGUCCGACUCGCACCUGUGGACCUGAACAGUUCAAGUGUGACGAUGGAAAGUGUAUCGUGGGCAGCAGACAGUGCAACAGUGUCAGAGAUUGUGCUGAUGGAUCUGAUGAAGUCAACUGUAAAAACAUGACUCAGUGUCAUGGACCGGACAAGUUCAAGUGUCGCAGUGGAGAGUGUAUCGAGAUGAACAAAGUGUGUAACAAAGUCAGAGACUGUCCUGACUGGAGCGAUGAGCCCAUCAACGAGUGCAAUGUGAACGAGUGUCUGCUGAACAAUGGUGGCUGCUCUCACAUCUGUAAGGACAUGGUGAUCGGCUUCGUGUGCGACUGCACGCCAGGACUUCAGCUCAUCGACCACAAGACCUGCGGAGACAUAAACGAGUGUCUGAACCCGGGCAUCUGCAGUCAGAUCUGCAUAAACCUGAAAGGAGGCUACAAGUGUGAGUGUCACAACGGUUACCAGAUGGACCCGACCACAGGAGUGUGUAAGGCUGUCGGUAAAGAACCGUGUCUGAUCUUCACCAACCGUCGCGACAUCCGUCGCCUGGGUCUGGAGAGGAAGGAGUACACGCAGAUCGUGGAGCAGCAGAGGAACGCCGUGGCUCUGGACGCAGACUUUGACCAGCAGAUGAUCUUCUGGGCUGACCUGACUCAGAGGACCAUUUACAGUACGGUCCUGGACAAACGAGGAGACGUCGGCGCUCACAAAAAAGUGAUGGACAACAUCCAGACUCCGGUGGGUGUGGCCGUGGACUGGAUCUAUAAGAACCUAUACUGGUCUGACCUUGGGACCAAAACCAUCUCCGUAACCAACUUUAACGGAACCAAACAGAAGGUUCUGUUCAACAGAGGCCUCAAAGAACCGGCGUCCAUCGCUGUGGACCCACUGUCAGGGUUUGUGUACUGGUCAGAUUGGGGAGAACCUGCUAAGAUCGAGAAAGCUGGUAUGAACGGAGUGGACAGACAAGUCCUGGUGGCCACGGACAUUCAGUGGCCUAAUGGAAUCACUCUGGAUCUGAUCAAAGGCCGCUUGUACUGGGUUGACUCUAAGCUUCACAUGUUGUGCAGCGUUGAUCUCAACGGAGACAACAGGAAGAAAGUUCUGCAGUCGUCAGAUUAUCUCGCUCAUCCCUUUGCUCUCACUGUGUUUGAGGACCGAGUGUUCUGGACAGACGGUGAGACCAAAGCGAUCUUUGGUGCAAACAAGUUCUCUGGAGCAGACGUCGUGACUCUGGCGAGUAAACUCAACGACCCUCAGGAUAUCAUCGUCUAUCACGAGCUCAUCCAGCUGUCAGGAACUAACUGGUGCUCAGAGAAAGGAGAAAAUGGCGGCUGCAGCUACAUGUGUCUGCCGGCGCCGCAGAUCAACAAACACUCGCCCAAAUACACGUGUGUGUGCCCAGAGGGACAGGAAGUGGCCGACGACGGUCUACGCUGCAGACCCGACACGCCCACCACAGCUCCCUCAAAGGAUGAUGGGAAAUCUCUAAAUCCUCCACCCUCAGAAGCAAACGUGAGCUCGUCGAUCCAGUUCAACUCCACGUCCAGAGGUUCUGCUGCGGCGGCCUGGGCCGUCCUGCCCGUCUUGUUGCUGGCCCUGGCAGCAUCGGGUGGUUUCCUCAUGUGGAGAAACUGGCAGCUGAAGAACCAGAAGAGCAUGAACUUUGAUAAUCCCGUGUACCUGAAGACGACCGAGGACGACCUGAACAUCGACAUCACGCGACACGGAGCCAACGUGGGCCACACCUACCCCGCGAUCUCGAUCGUGAGCACAGAAGAUGAUUUGUCCUGAUUUUUUUACUGCAGCCUUGUGACGCUGCGUGGCGCCUCCUCGUUUCCAUGCCGACGGUUGUCA